AGCUUUUCCUUUCCAUAAGAUAGUGUGAAGUCAGUAUAAAGUAAUCUACAUCACUCCUGAACUCUGAAAAACUACAAAACAUGGGGAAGUUUGGAGCUCUUCUGUUUAACGUUUUCUUCACCGUUUUCAUCCUCGCCUUGAGCUUUUCGUGCAAAGCCAUUGACGAAGAUAGAAAGGCCUAUAUUGUGUACAUGGGGGCACUUCCUGAUGGAGUGUACACUCCAUCGACUCAUCACUUUAGUAUACUACAAAGUAUAAUUCAGGACAGUUCUAUUGCAGGUUCCUUUAUUCGAAGUUACAAAAGGAGUUUCAAUGGAUUUGCAGCCAAACUUACUGAUCAAGAAAGACAGAAGCUUGCCAGUAUGAAGGAAAUAGUCUCCAUUUUCCGGAGCGAAAUUUUUCAAACUCAAACAACAAGAUCUUGGGACUUCAUGGGUUUGCACGAGAAAAUAGAUAGAAAACCGACUGCCGAGAGUGAUACCAUAAUUGGUGUUAUUGACACUGGAAUUUGGCCUGAGUUGGAGAGCUUUAGUGAUGAAGGCUUUGGUCCUCCUCCCAAGAAGUGGAAGGGUGCUUGCACAGGCGGAACAAAUUUCACUUGCAACAACAAGAUCGUCAGAGCUCGGUAUUAUUUAUCAUUUGGAUCAGGUUAUGAGUCUGCAAGAGAUCUCGUCGGCCAUGGGAGCCAUACAGCCUCAACGGCUGCUGGAAACAACAUAAAGGAUGUGAGUUUUUAUGGAAUAGCAGAAGGCACUGCAAGAGGGGGGGUUCCUUCUUCUAGAAUCGCUGCAUAUAAAGUCUGUGACCCUGAGGGGUGCUAUUCGCACUCUAUCUUGGCUGCUUUUGAUGAUGCAAUUGCUGAUGGUGUUGACAUCAUUACUGUAUCACUCGGAAGUAGUGGGGCUCAUGCAUUCGAAGUUGAUCCAAUCGCAAUCGGCUCUUUUCAUGCAAUGGCAAAAGGGAUACUAACCUUAAACUCUGCAGGAAACAGUGGCCCGUCUCUUCAGACCGUGUCAAGUUUAGCGCCAUGGCUGAUGACAGUAGCCGCAAGUAGCAUAGACCGACGGAUUAUUUCUAAGGUUUCUCUUGCUAAUGGGACAACCAUUAUUGGAAGUUCAGUAAAUUCUUUCAAACUGAAUGAAACGACAUUUCCUUUAGUACAUGGAAGAAAUGGUUCUACUCGGUGCUCAGAGUUGAGGGCUAGGCUAUGCGAAGAAGGUUUCCUCGACAGAUGUUUAGUCGAGGGAACGAUUGUGCUGUGCGAUCGAGUUAUAGGAAUCAAGGAGGCCUAUAGAGCUGGUGCACUUGGUUCGAUUUCUGUUGAUGGCACAUUUAGUGAUGUUUCUUUUGUUUCCCCAUUGCCUGCAGUAACUUUAAACCAGACGAAUUAUAUGGCGAUCAUUUCCUACCUAUGUUCCACAGAAGACCCUCGAGCAACCAUAUUACAAAGUGAAACCAUAAAAGAUAUUGCAGCUCCUGUUGUUGUUUCCUUCUCUUCGCGUGGACCAAAUGCUAUUACACCGGAUAUUAUGAAGCCGGAUAUAACUGCUCCAGGAGUGGACAUAUUAGCCUCAUAUUCACCUGUAGUUCCACCCUCAGAUUCCUUUGACGACACGAGGCGCGUAAAGUACAAUAUCAUGUCUGGAACCUCCAUGUCUUGUCCCCAUGUCGCUGGAGCAGCUGCCUAUGUUAAAACAUUUCAUCCUGACUGGUCUCCUUCAGCCAUUAAAUCAGCUCUUAUGACUACAGCUUUUAUCAUGAACGACACUGAUCAUCCCAACAAAGAAUUCGAUCAUGGUUCCGGGCAUGUCAACCCCACAACAGCUAUAAAUCCCGGACUUGUGUACGAGUCUUCCGAAGUAGACUAUGUUGCGUUUCUCUGCAGCAUUGGCUAUGAUGACGUGAAAGUUAGGCGCAUAUCAGGAGAUAACAGCACUUGCCCCAAAAGCUCAGAAGAAGGAUCAUCACCAAGGUAUCUCAAUUACCCUUCAAUGACUGCUCAAGUUCCAGCAGGCAAGCCGUUUAUGGUUAGAUUUCCCAGAAGGGUUACGUAUGUGGGUGACGGAAACUCCACUUAUACGGCAAGAAUCUUACCAAAGUUGAAGCUUCAUAUAAAAGUAACGCCUUCAGUUUUUUCUUUUCAGUCACUGGGCGAGGAGAAAUCCUUUGAUGUGAUUGUUAAAGGAAAAGGCUUAUCAGAUAACUCUAUUGUGUCUACAUCACUAGUGUGGACUGAUCGCUUUCAUAAUGUUAGAAGUCCCAUUGUCCUGCACAGCCUGUUCUCAACUUAAUCUUGCUGCCAAAUGGGAG